AUGAAAGACUGUCAGCAGAUCAUCGAAUGCUUACUACACUACGGCCCAUUUUUGUCCAUGAUUUUGUUACAGAGCAUACUUUUAUGCAUUGAAAAGAGACAACAACCGGCAAAAGAUCCAGAAACCCCAACGAUGGCGAAGGACGGCACGAAGGUGGAGGGAGAAUCAUGCAGCAGUCCAGGAAGUGUAGUGUCGGCUGAAAAACUAAAAACGAAUCCGGUUGGGCCGAAAGAGUCUCAAGAAAAACCGUUAGGGGAUGCGGCAAAUAAUGACGCUGUGACUACUGCUAAGCUUCAGAAAAUCGGCAGUAAAGAAGGCGUAAGAAAAAAAGUGCAAAAACAACCGGAUGUUGAAGUGGAUACAGAAGACACCAUCUAUGAGCGCCGUAGCCGGACCCGAGGAGAUUCCGUUCGCCUAUCCCGAAAGAAAAGUGUGCGCCUGGACGUAGAAGCAACUCAAGAGGGGCAAAACGAGGAAGAAUCGAGUGGCGAUGUGCGGCCAACGAGUGACUCCCGACCAACGAGCCCGAAUGUUCGGGAAAAAACUGACACUGUGUUGCUUGGAGAGUGGAUAAAAGAACAGGCAACGCAAGUACAGCACAGAACACCUGCAAGUAUCAGAGCCAGUCCUCUCAAAUCUACACAACGCAGUACCAUAAAAGAACGUCCUCCUCAGGGUUCAUCUUACAAUAACACUCCGUUAGCAGCCACACCUACUCAACCACCUGAAAAAACUCCUUCGCUGCCAAGGGCCCAGAUGUCCGGAGAGGUAAGCACAUUGAGAAUCUCGCACCACUGUGUGUUAGUUGAACACUCAUGGCAGAAAGCGGUAAAGUUUGCGCUGUGGGAUCCAUGA